AUGACCUGUACAGGGUGCGAGACAAAGCUACAGCGAACACUGGGUAGUCUCGACUACGUCAGCAAACUUCAGACCAGCCUGGUCCUUGCCCGCGUCGAGCUCGAUAUCAACACCAAGCUUGCGACUGCCGACGAUGUGGUCAAACAUCUCCACCGCACAACUGAGUUCAAAUGCGAGAUCGUUUCCAACCAAGGCUGUAGUCUGGAUCUUAUCUGUUCGGGAGACCCAGCGGCUUUUGUCAAUGGGCAGUGGCCGGAUGGAGUGUCAGACGUACGCCGCCUAAACAAAGAUACAAUCCGUGUGGAAUACGAUGCGAAGAUUGUGGGGGCGAGGGACUUGAUGUGUGACGAGUGGAGUCGGUCAUUGCAACUUGCACCGCCUUGUCCAGACUCUUCUUUGGAAGCUGGCAAUAGGCAUGUUCGAAACAUGGGCUUGUUGACGUUGCUCUCUGCCGGAUUGACCAUCCCCGUACUGGUCAUGGCAUGGGCACCUCUUCCUGAGCGCGAGAUUGCUUAUGGCUCCGCGUCACUCGCCCUCGCUACUGUCGUCCAAGUUGUCAUCGCAGGUCCUUUCUACCCGAAAGCGCUCAAGGCAUUGGUGUUCUCUAAGGUCAUUGAGAUGGAUCUGCUCAUUGUACUGAGUACAAGCGCCGCGUACAUCUUCUCAGUUGUUUCGUUCGGCUACCUAGUCAGCGGAAACCCUCUAUCAACGGGCGAGUUCUUCGAGACAAGUACGCUGUUGGUGACACUCAUCAUGGUCGGACGAUGGGUGGCAUCGUUGGCGCGACAAAAAGCGGCAGAGUCCAUCAGUAUUCGUUCCUUACAAACCCCUACUGCCAUGCUGGCCAGCGACGACGGGAUGGACAAGGAGAUCGAUGCUAGGAUGUUGCAAUAUGGAGACAUCUUCAGGGUCGCUCCAGACUCGCGCAUUCCGACAGACGGUACCGUCAUCUCGGGUUCUUCGGAAAUUGAUGAAUCGAUGUUAACAGGCGAGGCUCAGCCCGUUGAGAAGCACACCAAGUCGGCCGUUAUUGCAGGAACCAUCAACGGAAGCGGAACGCUUACCGUCCGCCUAACCCGUCUGCCUGGCGAUAAUACCAUCACGACGAUUGCGGGUAUGGUUGACGAAGCAAAGCUUUCCAAACCCAAGAUUCAAGAGAUUGCCGACACUGUAGCCAGCUACUUCGUCCCUGUUGUAGUGACCCUGACAAUCAUCACUUUCGUCAUCUGGGUCGCCAUUGGGAUUGCGAUACGCCAUCAAUCAGGCUCAGAAGCGACCAUCGAAGCCAUCACGUAUGCCAUCACAGUCCUAAUUGUCUCGUGUCCUUGCGCUAUCGGUCUCGCGGUUCCUAUGGUUAUCGUGAUCGCGUCCGGCGUCGCAGCGAAGCGCGGUGUUGUCUUCAAGACCGCAGGUAGCAUCGAAGUCGCGUAUAGAACGACCGACGUAGUGUUCGACAAGACGGGUACCUUGACAGCAGGAAGGCUGGCGGUGGUGCAUGAGGAGUAUGUUCAGGGUGGUAGUGCGGAUGACGCCAAGUUACUUUUGGGUUUGCUUGGCAAUGUCAAACACCCCGUGUCGGCGGCCAUUGCAACACAUCUCGCGUCGCGAGGUCUAUCAGCUACAACCGUACCAGACGCCAAGGUGGUUACCGGCAAAGGUGUCCAUGGGAUGGCCAAUGGUAAGAAGCUACGCGCCGGUAACUCGAGAUGGCUUGCGCUUUCCGAAGAUCCGCGUGUCCGCUCCAUGCUGUCCCAGGGUUUCACCACCUUUUGCUUCACCAUCGACAGCACUCUAGUAGCUAUCUAUGGUCUGCAGGACACAUUACGACCCGACGCAGCAUCCACCAUCGAUCAUCUCCAACGCAGCGGCAUCAACGUCCAUGUACUGUCUGGCGAUGAUGAUGGCGCUGUUAAGAGGAUUGCCUCGCAGCUCGACGUACCAGAAGAGAAUGUUCGCUCUCGUUGCUCACCUGCAGAUAAGCAAACUUAUAUUCAGAGCCUUCUCGCAGCACCUUCAACAGCUCUUCUGACUGGCAAGUCUCGCAAGCCGAUUGUCAUGUUCGUUGGGGACGGCACAAAUGACGCUGUUGCCCUUGCUCAGGCCACAAUCGGCGUUCAUAUGUCGAGCGGUACUGACAUCGCACAAUCCGCUGCCGAUGUAGUUCUUGUCCGUCCUAGCCUGUCAGGCGUACUGACCAUUAUCAACGUGAGUAGGAAAGCGAUACAUAGAAUCGUUUUCAACUUUAGCUGGAGUUUCGUAUACAACACUUUCGCUGUACUGUUGGGUGCGGGCGCCUUCGUGCACGCGAGGAUUCCGCCGGAGUUCGCGGGUCUCGGGGAACUGGUCAGUGUACUACCUGUGGUGUUGGCAGCAGUCUUGUUGAGAUGGUCGAAAGUCUGA